CGUAAGUUGUUCCAGUCAGAAGGGAGAACGCAUGAUGAUAGGAUGGUGGCAUGUUUGGGGUUGCAGUCCCAUGGACACUCAUCAUACCCAAGCAAGAUGAAUGAGGGGUGAAGUUUGGGCUGGGAUGACCAAUAGCUUUGAAGCUGUAAAUCAACCUUCUUAAAUCCUACAAAUAAGUUCAGUACAGAAGGCUUAUGGUAUAGUUACCAAACUACUAAACUUUCUUUAUGAGGGGAAUAGCUUCACAAUAGACAAUUAAACUGUAGAUUUACAAGAUGUUCUAAGGCAAGCUGGUCUGAGCCACAGAAGCCAGGUGAUCAGAGAGGGAGCCCCACCCACCAGCAAGGGUAUAUAAAAGCCGGGAAGCCUGCAAGGACAUUCACAGCUCAGAGCUCACUUCAGCGAGUUACCCACAGCUCUGUGUCCAGCACCAUGUCCUACAACUGCUCUACAAGGAACUGCUCUUCCAGGCCAAUCAGAGGACGCUGCACGGUGCCAGCGGCCACCGUUUCCGUAGCUAAGCCCUGCGAUCCUGACUGCCUGAGUGGCAUCUAUUUGCCCAGUUCCUUCCAAACUGGGUCCUGGCUCCUAGACCACUGUCAGGAGACCUGCUGUGAGCCCACCGUUUGCCAGCCAACUUGCUACCAGCAAGCUUCUUGCGUCUCCGUCCCUAGCCAGGUGACUUGCUCUCGCCAAACGACCUGUGUCUCCAAUCCCUGCUCAACUCCUUGCAGCCAGCCAGUCACCUUUGUCUCCAGUGCUUGUAAGCCCCUGGGAGGCAUCUCCAGGGUCUGCCAACCUGUGGGCUGCAUCUCCACUGUGUGCCAGCCAGUGGGAGGAGUCUCCACUGUGUGCCAACCAGCCUGCGGGGUCUCCAGGACCUACCAGAGGUCCUUUGUGUCUAGCUGCCGAAGAACAUGCUAA